AAACAUGGGAGGGGAGCAGUGAGUCCCUGGGCAUCCUUAGGGCUGGGCUGGGCUACCAUCCUCCGGCCAGGCCGGGCCACCAUGGCCCAGCAGCGCGGCGUCACCAGCCUGCGCUUCAACCAGGACCAGAGCUGCUUCUGCUGCGCCAUGGAGACCGGAGUCCGCAUAUACAACGUGGAACCGCUCAUGGAGAAGGGCCACCUGGACCACGAGCAGGCCGGCAGCGUGGGGCUGGUGGAGAUGUUACACCGUUCCAACCUGUUGGCUCUCGUGGGCGGCGGCAGCAACCCCAAGUUCUCGGAGAUCUCAGUGCUGAUCUGGGACGACGCCCGGGAGGGGAAGGACGGCAAGGACAAACUGGUGCUGGAGUUCACCUUCACGAAGCCCGCCCUGGCCGUCCGCAUGCGGCACGACAAGAUUGUCAUCGUGCUGAGGAAUCGCAUCUACGUCUACUCCUUCCCCGACAACCCCAGCAAGCUCUUUGAGUUUGACACAAGAGAUAACCCCAAAGGGCUCUGCGAUCUCUGCCCCAGCCUGGAGAAGCAGCUGCUCGUCUUUCCGGGUCACAAGUGCGGCAGCUUGCAGCUGGUGGACCUGUCGAGCACGAAGCCCGGGACCUCGUCCGCCCCCUUCACCAUCAACGCCCAUCAGAGCGACAUCGCCUGCAUCUCGCUCAAUCAGCAGGGCACCGUCGUGGCCUCGGCCUCCCAGAAAGGGACGCUCAUCCGCCUCUUCGACACCCAGACCAAGGAGAAGCUGGUAGAACUGCGGAGGGGCACCGACCCGGCCACGCUGUACUGCAUUAACUUCAGCCACGACUCCUCGUUUCUGUGCGCCUCCAGCGACAAGGGCACGGUCCAUAUCUUCGCCCUCAAAGAUACGAAGCUCAAUCGUCGCUCCGCGUUGGCCCGCGUGGGCAAGGUGGGCCCUAUGAUCGGCCAGUACGUGGACUCCCAGUGGAGCCUGGCCAGCUUCACCGUGCCUGCCGAGUCGGCCUGCAUCUGUGCUUUCGGCAAGAACACCUCCAAGAACGUCAACUCCGUCAUCGCCAUCUGCGUGGACGGGACCUUCCACAAGUACGUCUUCACUCCGGAUGGGAACUGUAACCGCGAAGCCUUUGAUGUGUACCUGGACAUCUGCGACGACGAUGACUUCUGAGUCCCGGCUCCUCGGCCGCCCGCGGAGCCGGGAGCCUCCACCUGCAGAAACGUCGGGCUUCUUCAUCCCUCUCUCCUUCCCUCCCAUCCGCUACAGCUGUAAAGAUGGCAGCGGGGGGGCCCGGCCCUGCUCCCUCCUCCCCGUUUCACAGGACGAAGGCGGGAGGGGGUUGUGGGGUCCCCUCCUCAGCCCCUUCUCUCCCCCUGAGCAGCAGUUUUGGUCUAGGGAUGCCCUGUUGCCAUGGAAACCUUAGGUGAUAUAAAGGGAGAAUAAAGAGAGGUCAACGAG